CCAGCUGACAGAGACAGACAAGAGACAUGAGGAGAGAUAGUGAUGAGCGCUAAGGAGACUUCACUUCUCUGAGGCCCUCGGGCUCCGAGGGGACUAGAACUGAGCUAAGAGGACUCACAACUUUAGAAAGUGAGGGGAAAAUAGUCAUGAGAGAUUUAAAAAAUUUUAAUCAAAAAAAAAAAACCUCUGUUGGAAUUGUAAUCACUGUUAGUAUUUUUAAUUUAUUUUCCUGCUCUCCGCCUCACCAAAGAGAUUGAUGGCUGCUACUCGGGCUACGCUCCCUUCCUUUAGCUCAUUCUCAGGUCUUUCUACCUCCACUGACAACAUGAAAGUGUGGAAGUCCAGUGACGGCGCUCUCCCUCUGGACUCUCCGAUCAACAAACUUUCACCAGAUGGCUCUGAGCAGGUCCAGGUCAGCCAGCAGAUAACAGAGGAGCUCCUCGAUGACGACAGCCAGACGUCGCUGGAUCUCGAGUUUCUGCUGUCUGAGUGGAGCAAAAAUUCUCCUGAUUUCAACCCUCCUUUAGACGGUCAACAACUGGCACAACCCGACCCACACCUGACCUACCAGGAGGUGGGCAUGUUCAAGGAGCAGGCAGGGCAGGGGAGUGUGCAGACGGGCAACACUGGGGUCAUGGCUGAGCUCAUGUCUCCUCCUGAAACCGCAUCAGUGCAGCCGGAGAUCUACCACCAUGACUACACCAGCAACCAGCCGGGUCGACGCGCAUUCCCCAACGUACAGAAUAUCAGUCAGUUUGACAGUGUAGGCAGUGUAGACAGACACAUCAGGGGAAGUCACACUAAGCUCACUUCCUGGGACUUUAACCACUACUACGCCCAGCAGCAUCACCCACUGCGCAGCAUGCCAGACAGCAGGUUCAUCCAGCCGCAGGUCAUGACCCCCAACCCUCGACCUUACAGCUACGUGCCUCAUUUCAGUCUCAACUCCAGCUUUCUUGGUGACUACUCCCACCUCCACGGCCAAGCCACGGUGCAUUUGGCCAAUCACCAGCAGCCGAUGGUGAUCAGACCACAUUUGCCCCCUGGUGGAGUGGAAGAGAAGCGUGGCAGGAGGUCCUCAGUGAAAAAAAGACCUGCCAUCCACACCUGUGAGUACGCCGGCUGCACCAAGACCUACACCAAGAGCUCGCACCUCAAGGCCCACCUCCGGACCCACACAGGAGAGAAGCCUUACAGCUGUCCCUGGGAUGACUGCAGCUGGAAGUUCGCCCGCUCCGACGAGCUGACGCGUCACUACCGGAAGCACACGGGUCAGAAACCGUACGAGUGCAUGCUGUGUCACAGGGCCUUCUCCCGCUCGGACCACCUGGCCCUUCACAUGAAGAGACAUGUCUGACCAAGCAAAACCUCACAUCGACGUCUUCACUCAUUUUACUGAUAACAGCCAUUCUCAGGUAAUUACAUCCUGACAAAGCAGUGCUUUUCAUACAACAUAUGUUUGCUUUGUUCCGCUCAUGUUCUCACUUCAAGGACCUUCAACAGCUCUCCUGUCUCUAAGACUGAACAGCAACUCUGCAUGUUAGACCAACAUCAUUUAUCCUAAAUGAAAAUGAAAUGAAAAGGCAAAAACAAAGAGCAAAGCAGGAUUUGUUUACUAGCCACUUAUAAAAAGUGAACUUGGAACUUUUUUAAACCCUGCAAAAUUUAAUUGAGGACAAAUGAAAGCCUGUUAAACCAACACUGUAUAUAUACUAUGCGCAUGUAGAUAGCUAAACACGAACAGACUAUCAGGAAAAAGAAAACAAAGCAAACAUUGAAUAUUAAAGAAAAAGAGUUGAUAUCUUCUGAAGUCUCUCAGUUGUGUUAUGCAAAAGCACCAUAAACUGCUGUUGGUUGUCUUAAUGAAUCAUAGGUUGAGAAUCAAAUAAGUUUUUGCUUUUUUCUUCCCAUUUUAAAAAUGUAAAUAUUUGAUACUUUCAGCUCCUUACUAUCAACUAGAAAUGAGUAUAAUAUUUAUAUUUAUGAUCUUUUAUAUCAGCAGAAGGUACUAUGUUAUUAGAAAAUGUUAUUUUUAUCAUCAGACGCUUUGAAGUUGUGCACACAUUGUUUAUGUUGCCAUAAAUCAAGAAAUAAAGGCUCAGAAUGUUACAUU